AUGGACAUUUCGCUUGAUAAUGACAUUCUCAAACAACUCUUUACCAAGGAAGCCAUCUCUUUGCACAGCGUUAGUGAUGGCCUGAGUGCUUGCAACACCGGUAUAAGCGUCCACGUCCCCCAGAUUAUCGUCGUGGGCGAGCAGUCUGCGGGCAAAUCAUCGGUCCUCGAAGCUAUUUCCCACAUUCGAUUCCCUGUUGAUGAAGAUAUUUGUACGCGAUUCGCGACGGAGUUGAUUCUCAACCAUGCGGACGAAACUCGCAUAGAUGCAAGCGUCAGAUUUGCAGACGAAACGAAACCAGCCAAAGUUUUCGAGCGGACCAAGUUCCACGAGGAUGAUCUUCCUGAGAUCAUCAAAGAAGCCAAAGAGCAUAUGGGCAUCUCGGAAGAUGGAAAGGACUUUUCCCAAGAUGUUUUGCGCCUUGAAAUUAAGGGCCCAAACAUUUAUCCAUUGACCCUCGUUGAUCUUCCUGCCCUGUACGACAAAAGUGCUGAUGAUAAGUCACCAAAUGGCAGAGAAGCGGCGGAUAAAUUAGUCGAGAGCUAUAUGUGGCAGAAGAAUAGUAUUAUUCUUCUGGUAGUCUCUGCUGAUACCGACCUGAGUCAGAAUGCAGCUCUCCGAAAGGCAAUGGCUAUAGACCCGAAAGGACAAAGAACUAUCGGGGUCAUCACCAAACCAGACCUUGCAUUCACCGCGGACGACAAAUUAUACAUCCUGCUGGCGAAGAAUCGAGAGCGGAUAUACAAGCUGCAGCUUGGAUGGCACGUCCUCCGCAACAGAGGAGAAGAUGAGAAGAGCCUCGAGACCCGUGAUGAGGUUGAGAAGUCGUUCUUCGAGAAAAAUGCUUGGGGUACCAUUCCUAAAGAACACGUUGGGAUCGAGAGUCUCCGUACAAAGCUGCGCGGAAUCUUAUACAACCAUAUCCGAAAUGACCUCGCGGGAGUGAUUGCGAUCAUGGAGACAGAGCUUAAGCAGAGGCAGGAAGAGGUUGCUCGGCUUGGAACUGCGAGACCUACCGUCAAAGAGUGGAGGUCGUACAUGCUCACUAUUUCCAGCGACUUCCAACGUCUAGCCAGAGAUGGAUGCAAUGGGCGAUACAACGAUCCUUUUUUCGGCAGUCUCGAGGACGAGGUCCUGAAAUUCCGUGCCGUGCUCAGGAACCUCAACCGAGUUUUUGAUCAUAUCUUGAGAACCAGAGGGUCCACUGAGAGCAUAGUCGUUGCAGGCGAGGAAGAGUCUCAGGGAAAUGACCUUCCCGAUUAUCUUGCUAGGUUUCUUGAAAUCUAUCCUUACGAGUUUCCAGAGCCCGAAAAGAUCACGAUCGAAGAGCUCAGCAUCAACCUCGAGAGCAAAGCGGCUGCAAACCAAGGUCGCGAGUUCCCAGGCUCUCCGAACGCGGACCUUGCUAUGCAGCUGUUCAAAAGUCAAGCAGCUCCAUGGAAACGUAUUGCCGAGUUUCAUGUAGAGACUGUCAUGUCGGUUGCGAGGACCUUUGUUGAUCAUCUGGUCCAGCGUAUAGUAGGAUCCCCACAAAACGACUCUAAUACGGAGGCCAUCUUGACCACCAUCGUGGACCCCUGGUUCGAAGAGAAAGAAGAGCUGCUACAAGAAAAGAUCGACGAGCUGCUGUGGCCUUACCUUACGGGCUAUUCGCUUCCCGUGGAUAUCGAUUUUUACCGCGCAUCAUCUCAACAGUCAACAACGCGUGCCACAAACCAGAUUUACAAGACGCUGCAGGUUCAUCACCCACAGUUAUUUAAAGACGCAUUCCCCACGAACAAGAUUACACCUGGAAUGAUGUCAAGACGCACGUUCACGGACAACGUGAUUAAUCUGGCCAUCGAGAGAUGUCUUGUUCACAGUUUACCAGACAUCCUUACGCCAACAGAGGUAAACAACCUCACCGAGGAUCAACUUGAGGAGCUUGCAUCAGAACGUCCUGAAAUGACGUCUCGUCGAACUCUUCUGAAUGAAGAAAUCAGAAUUCUUCAAAACGGAUUAAAAAAAUACCGUAAAUAUAGACCCAGAACUGUCGCAGCCUUGCCCCCAUCCAGGCCCUUGACGAAAUCCUUGGCUGCUCCGGCAACAUCUAAGACAGGGACUGACGUCGCAGUGAACUCGAGACUAGCAAUCAUGGGCUCUUCCAGUCCGGUCCCAGCAGCUGCAAAUGUGAAAGCUUUUGAAUUUAGCCUUGCGGCCCCAGUUGGCGUUGUUAAACGUCGAGCUAGCUCCUCCGCCUCCGGAGAUGCCGUCCCUAGCAAUGAAGGUGUGCGUGUUCCUGGAGCAAUAGUCACAAAGCCAGAGCCACAGCAGAAUUCAGCAAGCUCAACUCCAGGCACAGCCGCCAGUCUGGUCGGUGGCCAAGCCAGUGUUCAAUCAACCCCGGCCAUUGUGAAUUUUGGAAGCGCGACUCAGCCUCAACAGAAUUUGGCAAGCAUUUUCGGAAGCAAACCACCUACAGUAGCUCCUCAACAGCAGCAGCAGCAGCAGCAACCACCUCGAGUUGCUCCUCAACAACAGCAGCAGCAGCAGCAAACAAAACCUGUGAUGGGAACUGGGACAGGAACGAACGGUUUUGCAGGCUCCCCAAGCUUUAAUAUUAGUGGUGGCGGGCCCGGCAAGACAAACAGUUAG